AAACCACUAUAAACCUCUUAUAAACCCUAACCCUAGUCGUGCUCUCUUCCGCUACACUUGAACAAACAUCGGGAGAGACUGAGAAGCGAAAUUCCAAGCACCUUAUACAUGGCGCUGUAUCUAUUGUAUGAGUCGGCGUCUGGGUAUGGUUUAUUCUUAGCUCAUGGGAUUGAUGAAAUAGGGCAGAACACGGAGGCAGUUCGGAACUCAAUCACUGAUCUCAACCGCUUUGGAAAAGUUGUAAAACUUGAAGCUUUUAACCCUUUUGAGUCUGCCCUCGAUGCCCUCAAUCAAUGCAAUGCUGUUUCUGAAGGUCAAAUGACUGAGGAGCUACAGAAUUUCUUGGAGCGUAGCCUCCCAAAAGUCAAGGAGGGUAAGAAAGCCAAGUUCAGCUUAGGAUUGGCAGAGCCUAAGCUUGGGUCACAUAUCCACGAAGUAACUAAGAUUCCUUGCCAAAGUAACGAGUUUGUUCUUGAGAUUUUGCGUGGAGUACGAUUGCAUUUUGAGAAGUUCAUUGAAAACCUAAAGUCCGGUGAUUUGGAGAAAGCCCAACUUGGUCUGAGUCACAGUUACAGCAGAGCAAAGGUCAAGUUCAAUGUUAAUCGUGUUGACAAUAUGGUUACUCAGGCAAUUGUCCUACUUGAUACUCUUGAUAAAGAUAUAAAUACCUUUGCCAUGAGAGUCAGAGAAUGGUACUCUUGGCAUUUCCCAGAGUUGGUCAAGAUUGUCAAUGACAAUUAUCUAUAUGCCAAAGUUGCAAAAUUCGUUGAUGACAAAUCCCAAUUGUCCGAAGACAAAAUUUCAGCAUUAACUGAAAUAGUCGGAGAUGAAGAUAAAGCAAAAGAAAUCGUAGAAGCUGCAAAAGCAUCUAUGGGCCAGGAUUUGUCACCAGUUGACUUGAUUAAUGUCAAGCUAUUUGCACAGAGGGUAAUGGACCUCGUUGAAUACAGGAAGAAUCUUUAUGAUUAUCUUGUUGCCAAAAUGCACGACAUAGCACCAAAUUUGGCUGCUCUGAUUGGUGAAGUCGUGGGUGCUCGUUUAAUUUCUCAUGCUGGUAGUCUCACAAAUUUGGCGAAGUGCCCUUCUUCUACCCUUCAGAUCCUUGGUGCUGAGAAGGCACUCUUCAGGGCCUUGAAAACCAAAGGAAAUACGCCAAAAUAUGGACUCAUAUUCCAUUCUUCUUUCAUUGGCCGUGCCUCUGCUCGUAACAAAGGUCGAAUGGCUCGUUAUCUUGCAAACAAGUGUUCUAUUGCUUCUCGUCUCGACUGUUUCUUAGAUAAGAGUACUACUACUUUUGGAGAGAAACUCCGUGAACAAGUUGAGGAGCGUCUAGACUUCUAUGACAAGGGGGUUGCACCACGGAAAAACCUAGAUGUGAUGAAAGCUGCUCUUGAAACCGUUGAAGACAAAGACACAGAAAUGGAUGUCGAUGAGCCUUCCACAAAGAAAAGCAAGAAAAAGAAAUCCAAAGUUGAUGUGGUGGAAUAUGCUCAACCCAUGAUAGAGGAUAAACCACUUGACACAAAUGGUGAUGCCUCUGAGGAACCAAAGUCUGAAAAGAAGAAGAAUAAGAAGGAUAAGCGAAAAUCAGAAGCAGAGCAUGAAGAGGAUCAGACUGUUGAUAAUGCCAAUGGUGUGCAUGAGGAUGGAACAGCAAAGAAGAAGAAGAAAAAGAAGAGUAAGGAAGACAAUGGAGAGGAACUCCAAGCCGCAGUUGAAAUUAAAAAGAAGAAAAAGAAGUCCAAAGUCCAAGAUGAUGAAUAAAUGUACAAUUUUUUCCAACCUUGGUCUUGUUAUUUUGACAUUUCUUCGUCACCUCUUAUAGUGCCUGUAUGCUCUUAGGGUAGAUUUGUGGUGUCUUUCAGUUUUGCGUGUAUCAAACGCUCAUCUUAUUUAUUAUCAUCAGAAUGGUAUUAUCACGAUUCCCUU